ACCUAUUCUAUUGUUAUGGGCAUUUCUGGACUAUUGCCGCUAUUAGGGCCUAUAACAAAACCGAUACAUAUUCAAGAAUAUACCGGUAAAGUAGUGGCCAUUGACGGACACUGUUGGCUUCAUAAAGGAUCCUUUUCCUGCGCAUUAGAAUUAGCUUUAAAUAAACCGACAACAAAAUAUAUUUCACAUUUUAUGAAUCUUAUCAAUAUGCUACGAUUCUAUAAAGUCAUACCACUCAUCGUCUUUGAUGGGCAACCUUUACCCAUGAAGCAAGAGACGAACAAUAAGCGUGCACAGAAACGCAAAGAAGCAUAUAAAACAGGUUUAAAAUUGAUAAGCGAUAAUAAAAUGAAAGAAGCUUUGCCUUAUUUUCAACAAUCAACAAGUAUCACACAAGACAUGAUUCAACAAGUGAUUAAAAAAUUGGAUGAAGUUGGUGUACAGCAUAUUGUAGCUCCUUAUGAAGCUGAUGCUCAACUCGCAUAUCUAAUGAAGAAGAACUACGUACAAGCCGUAGUCACAGAAGACUCAGAUCUGCUUGCCUUUGGUUGCUCAACCGUCAUAUUUAAACUAAAUAGAUAUGGAGACUGUGAGCGAAUUUGUUUUAAUGAUAUAUCACAAGUGAUCAAUAUUAAGCCUUUCACAACGACUACACUGCGGCAUAUCUGUAUGCUCUCAGGCUGUGAUUAUAUACCUUCUCUCAAAGGGAUCGGCUUAAAAACUGCAGAAGCACUCCUUAGGACCCAUACCACUAUUGAAAAGGUAAUGAGGGCUCUUAGAUACAAAUCUUCUGUUGAACAAUACCAGCAAGACUUUGAACGUGCAGAGUAUGCUUUUCUGUAUCAAUACGUCUAUGAUAUGAAUAUGCGAGACUUUGUACGUUUAAAUGAGCUGCCUGAAAAUGCCAAUCAAGAUCAUCUUCUUCUACUUGGUACCCAUCCUGAGCAAACCAAGCCUAAGGAUGCAACGAACAGUGAGCUUGCGAACUUAUUUUAUGAUAAGGAAUCUAAUAAGGAGAAUAUUCCUCCAUGGCUUAAAUAUGAUGAUAAGCGUAAGGUAAAUGGCAACUCUUCUCCAUCUGGUUCUGGUCCUUCAAAUGCUACUGCUCCUUCCACAGUAAAAUCAGAUAAGCCUGCUACAAAGCCCUCUCUAUCAAACAAAUUUAAAGCACUUACCAAAGAUAAGCCCUUGAAGAAAGCUAUAGCCGUAAAGAAAGAUGUCAUAAAAGACGUUGAAUCAACUACGGAUAGCAAGCCAUCUCUCAAACGCGCCUUUUCUUUCACUAGUCAAAGUGACAGUCAAGAAAAUCAAGAUGAUUAUCCUUCUUCUCUUCCUUCCUUGUCAGGCUCUGUCUCAACCCUAUCAUCUCAAGAAGAAAAUGUUAAACCUCUCAUUCGAUUGGACAAAUGCAAAUCCAUUGAUACCACCAUCAGUCUCCAUGUAAAUAAGAAACGCGUCUUGGGUUCAAGCACAAAUGUGCGCUCCUAAGACCUUUCCCCCUAUUUUCUUGUUCAUUUUCAAUAUUUAUGCGCAUUGUAUUUAAACACAAAAGCCUCAUCAUAAAACAUAACAUUAGCACAUCAUAAUUAAAACUUUUUCUGCUGUAGAUUCACACAAACUGUUGUGACAGUAAAAGUGGCUUACAUGCAUUUUCAGAUCUAUCGUGGGCUUUGCUAUCGCCAAGAGCCAUUUGUUCUAUAUUUAUGAGUCUCUGUACGAUGUAGAAAGACUAUUUGAGCAUAAUAAUAGCGUUGAACUUGAGAUCAUGAGUUUUUUUUUCU